AUGGAUGCAUAUAUAUGUUAUCUACCAUCGAGCAAAUAUUCAAAUAUUGAUCAAUGGUUAGCACAACUAUAUACAAGAAAAAAUUUUCAACGUACAAUAUUUAUUGCUGAUCAACCAAAGCUACAUGUGCCUUUUUUACUUGCAUUUAUGGAAAUACAAUCAUUUAUUUCAUUUGUUGAUAGUAAAAUAACUUCAAGAUUUAAUCAAGAUAAUCAUUUUUUUGGUUUAAAACAUAAACAUUCACAAGUUAGAUUUUAA